AUGAAAAAUAGGUUUGACAGGAUGUUAUUGAGAUCUAAUAAUACUUUAGGUGAUAUUCAAGCAGGAUUCAUGAAAUUAAUCCCCAUAUAUACGCUGAAACGUGUAAAGACGUCGCCAGUUAAGAAUGGACACGGAACUACCAAUGAGGAACAAGUAAUGUGCGGAAGGACGAACCAACGAGAUAGAAGUCGUAGUAUAGAACUGGAAGUUGAGCCGGCCAAUAAAAAUAAGUCGAAAAGGAAGUCUAGAAAUAAUUCGGUGAGAGUUGUAAAUAGAAGCCAGGCCAAAACUAUGUCAUCGCUGCAAGCAUUAAGAGGUGCAAGCGUACCGAAGUCGAAUGGAAGUUUAUCUCCUAGCAACAGUAAUGGUACCAGACAUUAUUCCGUCGCCAGCUACGAUUCGGGCCCACCGUCGCCUUGUCUGGAACAAGAGAUUCUGCCAUACACUUUAACGGUUGAUGUAUCCCAAUUUCAGCAAAGGCUGUAUACACAUAAUCCAAGACAUCGUUCUCUGAUCGAUACUAGAAAAGUAAGAUUCAAUUGA